AGAACCCCAGCGGGUGGGCGUGAGCGCACAAUAUGCCAUGACCUCACUGCACCCAGGGUUCUGGGCUGGACAUGAGAGAUGUAGCAGGGAAAGGGAGCGACAGCUGCCUUCAGGGGCCCCCGACCCUCAGCUCGCCCAGGAGCACAGCCUCUCCCCGCUGGUCCCCAGGAGCCAUGGACGUGGAGGGCGCUGCGGCAGCCCCGCGCUUCCCCCAGCCUCACAUGGAGAGGAAAAUGAGCGCCAUGACCUGUGAGAUCUUCAACGAGCUCCGGCUGGAGGGCAAGCUCUGCGACGUGGUCAUCAAGGCCCACGGCUUCGAGUUCAACGCCCACAAGAACGUCCUCUGCAGCUGCAGCUCCUACUUUAGAGCUCUGUUCACGAGCGGCUGGAACAGCACGGAGAAGAAGGUGUACAACAUCCCCGGCGUCUCCCCCGACAUGAUGAAGCUGAUCAUAGAGUACGCCUACACGCGCACCGUGCCCAUCACCCCCGACAACGUGGAGAAGCUGCUGGCGGCCGCCGACCAGCUCAACAUCAUGGGCAUCGUGCGGGGCUGCUGCGAGUUCCUCAGGGCUGAGCUGUGCCUGGACAACUGCAUCGGCAUCUGCAAGUUCACCGACUACUACUACUGCCCCGAGCUGCGGCAGAAGGCCUACAUGUUCAUCCUGCACAACUUCGAGGACAUGGUGAAGGUCUCCGCUGAGUUUCUGGAGCUGUCCGUCACCGAGCUCAAGGACAUCAUAGAAAAGGACGAGCUCAAUGUCAAGCAGGAGGACGCUGUGUUCGAGGCCAUUUUAAAGUGGAUUUCCCACGACCCCCCGAACCGGAAGCAGUACAUCUCGGUUUUACUUCCCAAGGUGCGCCUGGCGCUCAUGCACGCCGAGUACUUCAUGAACAACGUGAAGAUGAACGACUACGUCAGAGACAGCGAGGAGUGCAAGCCGGUGAUCAUCAACGCGCUCAAGGCCAUGUACGACCUCAACAUGAACGGGCCGUCCAACUCGGACUUCACCAACCCGCUCACGCGGCCGCGCCUGCCCUACGCCAUCCUCUUCGCCAUCGGCGGCUGGAGUGGCGGCAGCCCGACCAACGCCAUCGAGGCGUACGAUGCGCGCGCCGACCGCUGGGUGAACGUGACCUGCGAGGAGGAGAGCCCGCGCGCCUACCACGGCGCCGCCUACCUCAAGGGCUACGUCUACAUCAUCGGCGGCUUCGACAGCGUCGACUACUUCAACAGCGUCAAGCGCUUCGACCCGGUGCGCAAGACCUGGCACCAGGUGGCGCCCAUGCACUCGCGGCGCUGCUACGUGAGCGUCACGGUGCUCAGCGACUUCAUCUACGCCAUGGGCGGCUUCGACGGCUACGUGCGCCUCAACACGGCCGAGCGCUACGAGCCCGAGACCAACCAGUGGACGCUCAUCGCGCCCAUGCACGAGCAGCGCAGCGACGCGAGCGCCACCACGCUCUACGGCAAGGUGGGCGGCUUCGACGGCGCCAACCGGCUGCGCAGCGCGGAGGCCUACAGCCCGGUGGCCAACACGUGGCACACGAUCCCCACCAUGUUCAACCCGCGCAGCAACUUCGGCAUCGAGGUGGUGGACGACCUGCUCUUCGUGGUGGGCGGCUUCAACGGCUUCACCACCACGUUCAACGUGGAGUGCUACGACGAGCGCACCGAUGAGUGGUACGACGCGCACGACAUGAGCAUCUACCGCAGCGCGCUGAGCUGCUGCGUGGUGCCGGGGCUGGCCAACAGGCGUCCACCAGCGGGAGACCCCACCCCGGCCCCAGGCAGGUCACGGGAGCGAGGUCGGGCACCUAGAGGACCUAGCAGAGGGCAGAGGUGCUCCGGCCUCACCGGACCGGGGCCUGGGCGCACCGCAGAGAUCUGCUCUGCUGCGUGGCUGGCGCUGCAGGAGAGCACUGAGGAGAGCCGUUUUGUUCCCAGGGACCAGAACACAAGUGACACGCGGCAGGCAAAGGGCAGCAGCCAAAUGGACUUUCUCGAGGAAGUGACCAGCUGGAGCGAGGAGCUGGCAGGGGGCCGGAGUGGGCUGCCAGAUGGCCAGUGCUCGUGUCCACCCAGGGCGGAGACGGGGAGGGGCUGGGACAGCCUCUGCCCUUCAGCCGAAGGGGAUUAA